AUGAUGCUCAAAUCUGUUCUACCUGCCCUUGUGCAUCUCGGCCUUGCUGCCGCCGCCGCCUCUUCGUCCGCUCCAGCCAGCACCACACAGUCCGGCAGCCCGUCUCCUACGAUCUCGAUAUUCUUUCCCAACACGGCGCGGCCAACUGACGGCCCCAUUGUAACACCUCUUGCAGAUGCAUCGGUGGUCGGCGUGAAAGAGCCAUUGACCACCGUUGCUGUCUGUAUCAACUUCGUUUCGCGACAUUCGUGCGAGGCAGACUUGCUCCAGACCUUCACCGUUGGCGGCACCACUCUGCUCGAGUACAACGAGGUCAACACUGAUGACGGCAUGACUGGAACAAUUCAUGGCGGCUGUACUAUUCACGAAGCUGCUACCUGCAGCGUAUCCUUCUCUACGGCGAUAGCUAGCUUCAGCACUAACAUGGUAGAAACUACCACCUAUCCAGCAUCAGAAAUCACUUAUGUUCCGGUCACCAUCACCGCUGGAGCUGAGAAGCUGCCAAAGGCCACCCAGACCAGCGGCACUGGUGGCCCAAGUGGUACCGGCAAGCCAAACAGCGGUCCUAAAGUAACUGGUAUGCCUAACCUGGCUCUUCUUGGUGGUGUCGCUGUUGUCGGUGCCGCGUUAGCUAUGUAA